AUGGAAGAUGACAUAAUCAGUCAAUUAGAAGGUCCCAAACAAUUUUGGGAUGAGCUGAAUGCUAUACUGGUCCAAGGCGAGCGUGAUCAAGAUACGGCGCAGAAGUCUAUAGACUUGUACGUCAAUAUCAUGACAAAGUCUCAAGAUGAAUUCCUGAAACGAAACAUGCAUCUUGAAAGAUGUUGCUUCAACUUGCUAGAUUCACCCAUGUUUCGGAAGUUUUCAGAUAAAGUGAUUGAGCGUUUGAUCUAUCUAGCGACGACACUUUUAGACUUGAGGCAGCUGUGGAUGAUAUAUAAUAUUCUUCUUCUAGUGGGAAAAGAAAAUUCACAGUACCUCAAGUUUAUGCUGAACAUUAGAAAAUGUAACUUUAUUCCAAAAUUAAAACAACACAUCAGCGAAUUAGAACAAG